AUGUUCAGCAACACUGAGAGCGGUCUGAAAGUCACUGGGGUUGACUUUCUGAAGAGCCAGAACACGCGGCAGCACCACACGGAUGGGUACAACAUCCAGAGCCUGGUGGUGAGGCGCGGGCAGCCCUUCCAGGUGCAGGUCAGCCUCAGCAGGGAGCUCAGGGCUGCCGACAAGCUGACCCUGCGCUUUGGCAUCGGUGAAAAUCCAAUGAAAAACAAUGGGAGCCUGCUGUCGCUGAAACCGGAGCGGGAGGAUUUCAAUGGGUGGAAAAUCUCCAUGGUUGAGAGGAAAGGCAAAGAGUGCCUGCUGUCUGUCACCAGCUCGCCCAAUGCCCCUGUGGGAAAAUACAACCUGCAUGUGAAGACUGGCAGUAACAUUUACAGGCCUGAAAAUGGUGUCAUCUACCUUUUGUUCAAUCCUUGGUGUGAAGAUGAUGUUGUCUACAUGGCCAAUGAUGCAGAGAAGGAGGAAUAUGUGCUCAACGACACUGGCACCAUCUAUGUUGGGUCUGCGUACAGCAUCUACGACAGGCCCUGGAAUUUCGGGCAGUUUGAGGAAUUUAUCUUGGAUGCCUGCAUGUAUCUGCUGGACAAAAGCAAGCUCAGCCUGGCUCAGAGAAGAGAUCCUGCACAUGUGUCCAGAGCCAUGUCUGCUUUGGUUAAUGCCAACGAUGACAGCGGAGUCCUGCUGGGGAACUGGUCAGGGAACUACGUCAGUGGAACAUCCCCUAUGGAUUGGAUUGGGAGUGUGAUGAUUUUGCAGAAGUACUACAAAACCAAGAAGCCGGUGCGUUAUGGACAGUGCUGGGUCUUCGCAGGAGUCCUCAACACAGUCAUGCGUUGCCUGGGGGUGCCAUGCCGCUGUGUGAGCACCUUCGACGCGGCCCACGACACGGAGGAGAACCUGAGGGUUGAUGUUUACCUGAACGACAAAGGAGAAAAGCUGAACUCGUUGUCCUUCGACUCUGUCUGGAACUUCCACGUGUGGAAUGAUGCCUGGAUGAAGAGAACAGACAUACCAAAUGGGUUUAGUGGCUGGCAGGCAAUUGAUUCAACCCCUCAGGAGCAAAGUCAAGGUCGUUUCCAGUGUGGGCCCUGCCCGGUGAAGGCUGUGCGGGAAGGAGAUGUGUACCUGCCCUACGAUGCCAAGUUCGUGUACGCAGAGGUGAACGCUGACAGGGUCUACUGGGUGGUCAAGAAGGUGAACGGCAAGGAUAAAUACUUCAAGGUCGGCACAGAGACCCAAGCCAUCGGCAAGAACAUCAGCACAAAAGCCGUGGGGCAGAACAGGCGGGUAGACAUCACCAAGGAGUACAAGUACCCCGAAGGCUCCAAAGAGGAAAGGAUGUCCAUGCAAAGAGCUUACAGCUUCCUACGCCCGUCGGGGUUGAUGCCUCGUUCAGGCUAUGCUUCUACUAUACAGACAAUAGGUGCCAACACCGAGCCUUUGGUCCCCAAGGAGCCAGUCACCAAGACUGGACUCCACCUGGAGAUAGCCAAUACAGAACCUUUGCAUCCUGGCAAUCCCCUGGAAAUGGCCAUCACAGUGAAGAUCUCUGCUCCUGGGAACUGGACCGUUGACCUUAUUGGCUCCUGCCAGCUGCAGUACUAUACUGGAAAUGUUCAGGCCAAUCUUGGAACUAUCAAGGAGACCAUCACUCUUGAAGGCCCAUCUGAGACGCAGAUCCCCCUGAAAAUAGCACCUGAUGCAUACAUGAAGACACUGUCCUCUGUGGAAGAUGAAGUCCUCAUCCUGGUCACCGCCAUUGCCGAGGUCAAGGAGACCAAUGACAAACUCACCAAGGAGACCUCAAUGAGAUUCCAGUAUCCCCCCAUCACUGUCCAGAUGCCAGAAACAGCCAGUCUGUACAAUGACUUCAACUGUGCAUUCAUCUUCAAGAACAAGCUGAAUGUGACCCUGGAAAACUGCAAGCUGCUGGUGGAGGGCUUGGGCAUAUUUAAGAUGACAACAUUUGAGCUGGGGGAUAUAAUGCCUGGCAGGAUCAUGAAGUCUGAAAUAGUAUGCACUCCGACAAGACUAGGAGAGAAGAAAAUCGUAGCCAAGCUGAUCUCCAACCAGAUCAAAGGGAUCUCUGCAGAGAAGGGCAUCUUCAUCACUGAGUAG